AUGGUGGCGCAAGUGGAAGUCCAUUUCUACGUGGACGACCUACUCAAGUCGUUGGACUCACCAAAUGAAGCAUCAAUAUUAGCAUGUCAGCUUAGAAGACUGCUGUGGAGACAUGUCAGCACCUCACUGAAUCCAGCGGAUGAGGCAACACUGGGUCUACCUGCUCUGGACCUGUUUGCAGGAUCUCGGUGGAUACGAGGGCCUGAGUUUCUACUGAAGGAAGAAGACCAGUGGCCCAAAGGAAAGGAAUUGCCAGUAGCUCUGAGCGACUUACUGGAGGUUCAUUCGGUGGCUCGGAACAAGAACAAGGACCUGCGUCUCAAGCUGAAGAGGCUAAGCGCUGAGGAAUUACAGUCGGCUGAAGGGACAAUUAUAUGCUUAGUGCAGAAGGAAGUUUUCGAGAAAGAAAUCCAAACUCUCAUAAAGGGUGAGCUGCCCAGGGAGAGUAAGUUAUACAGACUGGAAACAUACUUGGACGAGCGAACAUUGCUCAGUUCAGGAGGAAGAAUUAGAGGAACCCUCCUUGGGCGAAGUGGUGAGGAGCCAAUCUUGCUGCCUAGAGACCACAACGUCACCGAAAUCAUAGUACGGGAGAUGCACGAAGAGCGAGUAGGACACGCUGGACGAGAGCACACGAUGGCAUAUGUGAAGCAAAGGUAUUGGAUCCCCCGGGGCAGACGCUUGCUUGAUAGAAUCAUACGACGCUGUGUGGUGUGCCGACGAAACAACUGGAGAAGUACGCCUCAAGGGCAAGUUGACUUGUCAAUAGAUCGUGUCACACCUGGAAAGGCACCAUUUGCUUACACCGGAAAGGACUGUUUUGGUCCCUUCAUAAUCAAGGUAGGGAGGAAACAGGUCAAGCGAUGGGGAUGUCUGUUUACGUGUGUGACUACUCGGGCUGUUCACCUAGAGGUCCUGGCCUCAUUAGACGCAGAUGCCUUCCUCAACGCAGUAACAAGUUUCUCAAGACGCAGAGGUACUCCAGAGCGUAUGAGGUCGGAUAACGGGACAAACAUGAUACGGGCAACCAAAGAACUCAAACUGGCCGUGAAAAGUUGGGAGCAAGAUGACAGACUCAGAGGUGCCUUACUGAAAGCAGACAUCGAGUGGGUCUUCAAUCCACCAGCUGCCCCUUACAUGGGGGGAGUAUGGGAGAGACAGAUUCGCACAGUGAAGAAAGUCUUGCAGGCAAUUGUGGGCUCACACGUUUUAGACGAUGAACGUCUGCAAACACUGUUCUGCGAAGUGGAAGCCAUAGUUAACGAAAGGCCAAUCACCCCGAUGCCAAACACUCCAAAUGAACCGAAGGCUCUUACGCCUGCCCAUCUGUUGCACCUAAGCCGAAAGGGCCUUCUCCCUUUAGGCGGACGGUCAAUAGGCGAAUCAUAUCAAAGAAGGUGGAAGCAUGUCCAAUACGUUGCAGAUCAAUUUUGGAAGGAGUACCUUCCUCAACUUAGAACUCGACGAGGGCAUUUCAGACCACGGCGCAACUUCCGUCCUGGUGACAUAAUCAUUAUAUCAGAAGCAAAUUGUCCAUGCAAUCAAUGGCACCUUGGCCGACUGAUGGAAGUCAAGGUUGGCGAGGAUGAACUUGUACAACAAGCAGAGGUCAACAUGGCAACACGCACGAUCCUACGACCUGUAACUAAGUAA